AUUAGUGAUUAUAAAAUUUUAUUUCAGAAAUUUUCUUUCAAAAAUUCUAUUCUGAAAAUAUUGUGAAAAGUUUCCAAAACAUGUAAUUAGGAAGUCACUUUUAUUUUGAAAAUUUUAUGGGAUGUGGGAAGAAAUUGUGGGGUGCAGGAAGUAAAAGACUGUAAGAUGAUGGGCACGGAGAACAUUUUCAACAUUGGGCCAGUGUCAGACUACGGGUAUUUGUUGGCCCAUCAAUUGAAUUCUAUUGGAAAAUAAAAAAGAAGAAGCGUGAAGUAUGGUGUGAGCAUGGAAAUGGAAUAUUGGAAUGUGGAAUUUGACGCCUUCGUUGAAGGAACCAAAUUCAUGAAACAAAGAAAGAAAGUUUCAUGAAUUGUAGUAUUUGUGUAUUCGUUGGAUGUUGAAAUUAAGGAGCACUCUCACCUCCUCAAGCAACAAACCCAGUCACCUGCACCUCAUUCUCAUCGAAUUAAACUUGAUUGAAAAGUACCGAGUUUGUGGAUUAGCUGUUAAUGACCGGUCAUGGAUGUUCCACUGCCACUGGAUAAAUUGGCUUUAAAUUUGAUUAAUAAUGAACCCGCCCCUGGAAACACUAGCAACAACAAGAUAUACGUAAUUCUGGUUGCAACUGGAAGCUUUAAUCCACCUACUUUCAUGCAUUUACGGAUGUUUGAGCUUGCGAGAGAUGCGUUGAAUUCAAACGGCUACUGUGUAAUUGGAGGUUACUUGUCUCCUGUGAAUGAUUCAUACAAGAAAAAGGGCCUAAUAUCUGCUAACCAUCGAAUACAAUUAUGCCAUUUAGCCUGCAAAAGUUCAGAUGUUGUAAUGGUUGAUCAAUGGGAGGCAAGUCAGAGCACGUAUCAACGCUCUUUAACUGUUCUCUCCAGAGUCUACAAUUCUGUUUGUGAGACAGGGUUGGUAUCCAGAGAAUCCCUCAAGGUCAUGCUUCUCUGUGGUUCUGAUCUCCUUCAUUCUUUUGGCAUUCCUGGAUUCUGGAUUCCUGACCAGGUUCAAUAUAUAAUGCAAAAUUACGGAGUAGUAUGCAUAGCAGAAGAGGACAAGACAUUCAGAAAAUUAUAUCUAAAUGAAUUUCUGAAUGAGAAUAGGUUAUAUCAAGUGGUGGAGGAACUUGUACCAAAUCAAAUCAGUUCAACCAGAGUAAGGUAUGCUAUGACCUUGAGGUUAUCAAUAAAAUACCUUACUGCGGAUGAAGUGAUUGACUAUAUCAGAGAGCAACAAUUAUACUUAAAUAAGAAGUAAUUGUUAUUGUUUUUCAUUACACUCUGUAUGACAUAUGGAUCUUUGCACGAGCCAUUUUCAAUGAAGAAAUAAUUUUGUAUUGUAAUUUGGGGAAAAAUAAAAUGACUAUAUUUAUAUAAUCAAUUGCAAGUACUCAGUCUGAACUGCGAGUGAAUAAGCCUUGUUAGUAUGACAAGCAAAUAUACAAUUCUGUAACUCAAGAUUAUUGUUAUAAUUUCCUACUUAUUUUU